GUAUGAUAACGAAUAGGGCAGAACAGGAGGACGUCCGCGGCCGGGCGCACAUCACGUGAGGAAUCACAGUUGCGCCCUUACGUCAUCAGUAUCUCGCAGAUCCAGUUCCCACAGAUGGAGGACAUCAAGGCAUCAUUGUCCAUGUACUUGGAUAAGCUCGACCGGCGUGCCGAUGACGAUGACGAGACCGACCCGCGGUUGAUUUAUGGAACCUCGUGGAAGUUUUUUGACCCAGAGGAGCUCGAGGCAUGGAGUCUAGCUAUGAUUCCAUUCACGCAAGACAUCCAGUUUUUGUUCAAAUUCAAGAAAAGCCAAGCAUUCUUGAAGCUCAAGACAGUAGAGCGGGUAAAGGAUGUCGAGUACUUAGACGGCGACAUGAUCCUGGUGAAGUGCGUAACUACCGGAGUUUUGAUAGAUCCCACAGAUGAAUAUCACUUCACAAUUCUCAUACCCUCGAAGCAGAUCCCCUUCAUAAUGUCUCCCUUCCUCGAAAGCCUCGAGCCCACUGAAUACAGCGGAGAGGUGAAGCAACUCGAGGCAAAAAUCGACAGGGGGGACUACAACGAGAAGGACGGGUCCCCAGCUUUUGGCAAGCGGCUCUGCACUAAGAUAAAUUCACUUCUGCAAGAUUUCUCCGUCAUCAAAGCCGGGGAAAAGCGAAGCCACGGUACAGGGCGAGGAUCGACGAGAAGUAGAAGUAGCCCCAUUGCGCCUUCUGGAGAUCGCCGAGCGGCUUCGGGCAGCUCCCAGGUGUCGGAGGUUCAACAUCCGACCCUUGCUAAUGUGAUGACCGACAUUCCGUCGUCGUAUGAACCCCAGAGUAAGCCCGACUUCAAGCACAUCUUCGCAGUGUACAAGAAGUUCUGGUCAGAGUGCGAAGAUGCAUACAUCUUCGGGGUCAAUACAAAGAAGGGCAUCUCCAUAGAUAAACUCAUUGGUGCACCUACGAAGUUCAACAUUUGA